AGUCCCCGUCCCCAGCUGACCUCAGCCCUAACACCGGGCAGCAUGCGACUUCUAGGGUCCUCCUGAACCCGACGACGGCUCUGAGUCCCCUGAGAGGCCUCCUGAAACGCCGCAGACCUCUCUCUCCCCGGGGGGCGGCGGCGGAAGUAGUUCCGGUUCGAGGGCGGCCGAUGGGUUCCUCCGCGACGGGGGUGAGAGGAUGGCGACCUCGUCGAUGCCGGAGUCGGAGAGCGACACAGCAGCCAGAGACUCAGAGUGAAAGCCUCAAACCCCGCGCUUCGCUGUCAGUCCGUCCCCAGAACCAAUGGAGGAGAACGAGGUGGAGAGCAGUAGCGACGCGGCCCCUCGGCCCGGCCAGCCUGAGGAGCCUUCUGAGAGCGGCCUGGGUGUGGGCACCUCGGAAGCUGUGUCCGCGGACAGCAGCGACGCUGCGACCGUCCCAGGGUUAACGGAGGCCGACGACUCUGGCGUCGGGCAGAGCUCGGACGGUGGCAGCCACUCUGUGGAGGAGGUAUCCGAGAGCAUCUCAACAGACCCUUUGCCUCAUGGCUGCCUCCCUGAUUCAUCUUCUGUGUCCCGGGGACCAGUGGCAGAGGUUCCUGGUGGCCCCCCAGCUCUGGUGCAUUCCAGUGUUCUCCCAGACCCCAGCAUGCUGGUGUCUGACUGCACAGCCUCCUCUUCAGACCUAGGCUCUGCCAUUGACAAGAUCAUCGAAUCUACCAUUGGUCCAGACCUCAUCCAGAGCUGCAUCACUGUGACCAGUGGUGAAGAGGGAGGAGCUGAGACCACACAGUACCUGAUCCUGCAAGGGCCGGAUGAUGGCGCUCCCAUGGCAUCAUCCAUGUCUACUUCCACCUUAGCCAACAGUCUGGCAGCCAUUGAAGCCCUGGCUGACGGCCCCACAUCCACAUCUGCAUGCCUUGAGCCUCCUGAGGAGCCCCAGGGAGAUCCCAGCUCUGUAGUGCAGCCACCCCCAGCUCCUGUUGCUGAGGAGCUGGACCUGCAAAGCCUGGAGGCCAUGAUGGAGGUGGUGGUUGUGCAACAGUUCAAGUGCAAGAUGUGUCAGUACCGGAGCAGCACCAAGGCAACCCUGCUCCGCCACAUGCGGGAACGGCACUUCCGCCCAGCACUAGCAGCAGCAGCAGCAGCAGCAACUGGUAAAAGGGGCCGUGUACGGAAGUGGGGCCCUUCCACCAAGACCACAGAGGAGGAGGAGGAGGAGGAGGAAGAGGAGGAUGACAUCGUGGAUGCCGGGGCGAUUGACGAUCUGGAGGAGGACAGUGACUACAAUCCAGCUGAGGAUGAGCCCCGGGGCCGGCAGCUAAGGCUCCAGCGCCCCACACCCAGUACCCCGAGACCUCGACGGAGGCCUGGCCGGCCCCGAAAGCUGCCUCGCCUAGAGACCUCAGACCUUCAAGAUGGUGUAGGACAGCCUCUAGUGAGUUCCCAGAGCACACAGAGCCCUCCAGAGUUGCAGGAUCUCGAGGCUCCCAGCUCCUCGGACCUGAGGGACCUGGGCAAGGUGGGGAGGGGCCUGGUGGAAUCAGGCGUUAGUCAGUCGGAUGCUGAGAAUGCAGCCCCAUCGUGCCAGGAUGAAGCUGAUGCCCCACCCCGCCGCCGCGGAAGACCUUCCAGGCGGUUCCUAGGGAAGAAAUACCGAAAGUACUACUAUAAGUCACCCAAGCCACUGCUCAGGCCUUAUCUGUGCCGCAUAUGUGGCUCACGCUUCCUGUCCCACGAAGACCUUCGCUUCCACGUCAACUCCCAUGAGGCUGGUGACCCACAGCUCUUCAGGUGCCUGCAGUGCAGCUACCGCUCCCGCCGCUGGUCCUCACUCAAGGAGCACAUGUUCAACCACGUGGGCAGCAAGCCCUACAAGUGUGACGAGUGCAGCUACACCAGCGUCUACCGCAAGGAUGUUAUUCGCCACGCGGCUGUGCACAGCCAGGACCGAAAGAAGAGGCCGGAUCCGACCCCAAAGCUGAGCUCCUUCCCUUGCCCAGUGUGCGGCCGUGUCUACCCCAUGCAGAAGAGGCUAACACAGCACAUGAAGACUCACAGCACCGAGAAGCCACACAUGUGCGAUAAGUGUGGAAAGUCCUUUAAGAAGCGCUACACCUUCAAAAUGCACCUGCUCACACACAUCCAGGCCGUUGCCAACCGCAGAUUCAAGUGUGAGUUCUGCGAGUUUGUUUGUGAGGACAAGAAGGCACUGUUGAACCACCAGCUGUCCCACGUGAGCGACAAGCCCUUCAAAUGCAGUUUUUGUCCCUACCGCACCUUCCGUGAGGACUUCCUGCUGUCUCAUGUGGCUGUCAAGCACACAGGCGCCAAGCCCUUUGCCUGUGAGUACUGCCACUUCAGCACUCGCCACAAGAAGAACCUGCGCCUCCACGUAAGAUGCCGCCAUGCCAACAGCUUUGAGGAGUGGGGACGGCGCCACCCUGAGGAGCCCCCGUCCCGCCGCCGCCCCUUCUUCUCUCUACAACAGAUAGAAGAGCUGAAGCAGCAGCACAGCAUGGCCCCUGGCCCUCCCCUCAGCUCACCAGGACCCGAGGCCCCGCAAGAACCUGCACCUUUCCAGUCACCUGAGACUCCCCCACUACUCUGUCCUGAUGCACUAGGUGGCGCCACAAUCAUCUACCAGCAAGGAGCCGAGGAGUCCACUGCAGUGGCCACUCAGACAGCCUUGGAUCUGCUGUUGAACAUGAGCGCCCAACGAGAGCUGGGGGCCACAGCCUUGCAGGUGGCAGUGGUAAAGUCAGAGAGCAUCGAGGCAGAGUUGACGUCUACUGGUGGGCAACCUUCCCCUGAAGACACCACUCCACGGUUGGUGACACUUCAUAUGGCGGAGUCAGGGAGCAGUGUGGCAGCUGAGAGCCAGCUAGGUCCAUCUGACCUACAGCAGAUUGCCUUGCCAUCUGGGCCAUUUGGUGGGGCCAGCUACAGUGUCAUCACGGCGCCCCCAGUGGAGGGGAGGACACCAGCCUCAGGCCCACCUUACAGGGAAGAACCUCCCGGGGAGGCCGCCCAGGCUGUGGUUGUGAGCGACGCUCUCAAGGAGGCUGGCACCCACUACAUCAUGGCAGCUGAUGGGACCCAGUUGCACCACAUUGAGUUGACUGCAGAUGGCUCCAUCUCCUUCCCAAACCCAGAUACUCUGGCCCCUGGAACCAAGUGGCCCCUGCUGCAGUGUGGAGGGCCACCCAGAGAUGGUUCUGAGGUUCUGUCUCCAACAAAGACCCACCAUAUGGGAGGCUCCCAGGGCUCCUCCACCCCACCCCCUGCAGCCAGCCACACCCUAGGCCUGGUAGUACCCCAAUCCCCACCAUCUGCAGCAGCUUCCUCAACAAAGAAGUUUUCCUGCAAGGUGUGCUCAGAGGCCUUCCCUAGCCGCGCAGAGAUGGAGAGUCACAAGCGGGCCCAUGCUGGGCCUGCUGCCUUCAAGUGCCCUGACUGCCCCUUCAGUGCUCGCCAGUGGCCUGAGGUCCGGGCUCACAUGGCACAGCACUCAAGCCUGAGGCCCCACCAGUGCAAUCAGUGUAGCUUCGCCUCCAAGAACAAGAAGGAUCUGAGGCGGCACAUGCUAACGCACACCAAUGAGAAGCCAUUCUCAUGCCACGUCUGUGGGCAACGUUUCAACAGGAACGGGCACCUCAAAUUCCACAUCCAGCGGCUACAUAGCAUUGAUGGGAGAAAGACUGGGACUUCUACAGCCCGAGCCCCAGCCCAGACCAUCAUCCUCAAUAGUGAAGAGGAGACACUGGCCACACUACACACUGCCUUCCAGUCCAGUCACGGGGUUCUGGGUACAGAGCGGCUACAGCAGGCACUGAGCCAAGAACACAUCAUUGUGGCCCAGGAACAGACAGUGACCAAUCAGGAGGAAGCUACCUACAUCCAGGAAAUCACAGCAGAUGGCCAGACAGUACAGCAUCUGGUGACCUCAGACAACCAGGUUCAGUAUAUCAUCUCUCAGGACGGUGUCCAGCACUUCCUGCCUCAGGAGUAUGUUGUGGUCCCUGAUGGCCAUCAUAUCCAGGUCCAGGAAGGCCAGAUCACACACAUCCAGUAUGAGCAAGGUACCCCAUUCCUGCAGGAGUCCCAGAUCCAGUAUGUACCUGUCUCCCCCAGCCAGCAGCUUGUCACCCAGGCUCAGCUGGAAGCUGCUGCACACUCCGCUGUCACAGCGGUGGCUGAUGCUGCCAUGGCCCAAGCCCAGGGCCUGUUUGGCACUGAGGAGGCAGUGCCGGAACACAUCCAACAGCUGCAGCAUCAGGGCAUCGAGUACGACGUCAUUACCCUCUCGGAUGACUGAGCCUCAAAGGCCCAACGCUGAUUGAUCGUGGAUAUCGGGGCCGGCUCUCCUGGAGACUAGGGAGUUUCCUGUCCUACUUAGGGCCUCCAGAUACUGGACAAUUAGUGUCCCUUGACUCCAAAGGAGCCAGACCUGUGCUCUUGGGGGGCAGCCAAGGGCUCCAGCCAGGGCAUGCUGGGUGCCUCAGCCUGCUGGCAGGCUUUGGGAGAGAAAUUUAUUUUUGUUUUGAUGGACCCACUGGCUCCUGUCUCAAUAAAGGGACCAGAGUCCAGCCCUUGCAA